AUGGCUGAACACUUCGUGAUGCCGCGCGUGAAACUCGGAACCCAAGGACUCGAGGUAUCAAGGAUAGGUUAUGGCUGUAUGGGGCUUUCUGGUGUCUACAAUAAUCCUGUCUCUGAGGAGGAUGGAAUUGCAAUAAUCAAAGAGGCAUUUAGUAAAGGCAUUACCCUUUUUGACACAUCGGAUGCUUAUGGUGUUGACCAUUCCAACGAGAUCUUGCUGGGGAAGGCAGUGAAGCAAUUACCUCGAGAAAAGGUUCAAUUAGCUACAAAGUUUGGUGUAGCUGGGUUUGAUGCUUCUGGAGUUAUAGUGAAAGGUACACCUGAAUAUGCACGCGCUUGCUGUGAGGCCAGUCUCAAGAGUCUUGGUGUGGACUAUAUCGAUCUUUACUACAUACACCGAAUUGAUUCUACUGUGCCUAUUGAAUACACGAUUGGAGAACUUAAAAAGCUAGUCAACGAAGGCAAAAUAAAAUAUAUUGGAUUGUCAGAAGCUAGCCCAGACACAAUAAGGAGGGCUCAUGCAGUUCAUCCUAUUACCGCUAUUCAAAUGGACUAUUCCCUUUGGAUUCGUGACAUCGAAGAUGAAAUAAUUCCACUUUGCAGGGAACUUGGGAUUGGAAUUGUUCCGUACAGUCCCUUAGGUCGAGGAUUUUUUGCUGGGAAGGCCGUGGUGGAAACUGUGGAAAAUAACUCAUUGGCAAGUCACCCGAGGCUUCAGGGAGAGAACUUUGAUAAGAACAAAGUCAUAUAUUUUCGUAUGGAAGCAUUGGCUAAGAAGCAUGGAUGCACUCCUGCUCAACUUGCACUUGCAUGGGUUCUUCAUCAAGGGGAUGAUGUUGUACCAAUUCCGGGUACGACCAAAAUUAAGAAUCUCCACUCCAAUAUUGAAUCUCUGAAACUGAAGCUUACAAAAGAUGACUUGAAAGAGAUCACCGAUGCAGUUCCGAUCAAUGAAAUAGCAGGGUCGAGAAGUUCUAAUGAGGCUUUUCAUAAGAUCACAUGGGAAUUUGUGAAGACUCCACUCCCAGAAUGA